AUGAUCAACAUGGCUCSCGCACUCACUCUUUUGUCGCUGGGCUCUCUGUUGGGCUGUGCUAUCUCUGCCAGCAACAAUUCGUUUGAUUACGAUGUCCUCCAGUAUGUCGAUCCUCUGAUCGGAACUGCAAACGGAGGUGAUGUUUUCCCUGGUGCAACAUUGCCCCAUGGCAUGGCGAAAGCUGUUGCCGAUACAAACUCCGAGUCUAGCCAGGGCGGUUUCACCUUGGAUGGUGCAAACAUCACCGGCUUUUCAUCGCUGCAUGAUUCUGGUACUGGCGGUUCGCCCUCUUUGGGAAACUUCCCUCUGUUCCCUUACGCAAGUUGUGUGAAUGAUUCAAUCGACGGCUGUAAAUACCCGAAAAAGGAGAGACCUGUGUCAUUUCAUACUUCUUCCGUCAAUGCGACCCCAGGGUACUUUGCGGUAACCCUGGAUUCCGGCAUCAAAGUUGAUAUGACUACUGCUCAGCACACAUCUCUUUUCCGAUUUCAAUUUCCGACAGGGGACUCUUCUGCUAGUCCGCUUAUCUUAUUGGACUUGACCGAUCUGUCUGACUCACGACAAGAUAACGCAACCGUUGAUGUUGAUGCAUCGACUGGUCGUAUGACUGGUUCUGGUCGAUUCUUACCCAGCUUUGGCUCAGGAACUUAUGUAGCCUACUUUUGUGCCGACUUCCAAAGUGCCUCUGGAAUUCGUGACAAUGGCAUUUUCGUCAACUCGCGUGCUACUGCGGACGCCAAAUCGCUGAAGAUCUCUAGAAGCAUUAAUGGAUAUCCAUUGCCUGGCGGUGCAUGGGCUCGAUUCAACGCUGGAACAGAGUCGGUUCUUGCACGUGUCGGUCUGAGCUUUAUCAGUGAAGAUCAAGCUUGCUCCAACGCAGAGAAAGAAAUUCCCGACUUUGACUUUGAGUCUACUCACUCGGCAGCAGUGAGCGCCUGGACCGAUAAACUUCGUCCCAUUCGCGUAUCUCGUAAAGGCAUCAAUGAAACGCUUCUCACCAACUUCUACAGUGGUGUCUACCGGACAAUGACACAGCCUCAGGACUAUACGGGAGAAAACCCACUGUGGGAGAGCUCCGAGCCAUACUUUGAUUCUUUCUACUGUAUCUGGGAUCUUUUCCGCUCACAGAUGCCAUUCUUGACUUUGAUAGACCCAGAGACGGUGACUAAGAUUGUUCGAUCAUUGGUUGACACACAACAGCAUCUCGGGUGGCUCCCUGACUGCCGUAUGUCCCUUUGCAAAGGCUACACUCAGGGUGGAUCCAAUGCCGACAAUGUCAUCGCCGAUGCCUACGUUAAGGGCCUUACCGACGGUAUUGACUGGGAUACUGCAUACGCUGCUGUUCAGAAGGAUGCCGAGGAAGAACCAUAUGAUUGGUCAAAUGAAGGCCGUGGUGGACUCCAGAGUUGGAAGUCCUUGAAUUAUAUCCCAGUUCAGGACCUUGACUACGUUGGUUUUGGCACAAUGACUCGUAGUAUCUCGCGCACUUUGGAGUACGCUUAUAACGACUUUGCUAUUUCACAAAUCGCCCGCGGUAUGAACAAAACGUCGGACGCUGAAAAGUAUGAAAAGACCUCGGCGUAUUGGCAGAAUCUUUUCAAGGCGGAUCAGACGUCGUUUUCCAACGGAACAGACACUGGAUUUACAGGUUUCUUUCAACCGAAGUAUCUGAAUCAAACUUGGGGUUUCCAGGAUCCUCUUAUGUGUUCAAAUAUUGACAACAGUGGAUCUAUUUGCUCCCUACAGAAUAGUGCUGGAGAGACCUUUGAAUCUAGUAUCUGGGAAUAUCAAUUUUUCGUCCCUCAUGACAUGGCAACUCUGAUCACAUUGCUCGGUGGGCCAUCUACUUUCGUCAAACGUCUUGACUACAUGCACGAUAACCAAAUCACUUACAUUGGCAACGAACCGGCAUUCCUUACUGUCUACCAGUACCACUACGCUGGCCGACCAGGUAAGUCAGCUAGUCGUGCUCACUACUAUAUUCCCGAAUACUUUGGAACGACCCCUGGUGGCCUACCCGGCAAUGACGACUCAGGAACCAUGGGUGCUUUCGUAGCCAUGUCAAUGAUGGGAUUGUUUCCCAACCCAGCCCAGAACGUCUACUUCAUCAUCCCACCUUUCUUUGACUCUGUACAGUACACUUCGCCAUCAACCAACAAGACUUCGACAAUCAAGACAGUCAACUUUGAUAAAGAAUAUAAGAACAUCUACAUUCAAUCCGCCACCCUGAAUGGCCAGCCAUACACGAAGAACUGGAUUGACCAUAGCUUUUUCACGGAUGGAAUGGAGCUUGUUCUUACACUGGGUCGCAAUGAGAGUUCUUGGGGUACUCAUGCCGCGGAUUUACCUCCGUCUCUAUCGACUCAGGGCUCCUCAAGUCUUGAGCAUAGAAGCGGGAUAGUUCACCCUUAUAUGCAGUGA